UGAAUUGUUGGCCUGUCGCACAUUAUCGAUUGUCUCGUAGGCACGCUGUUAUGCUAAGAUUUGAGCACAUUCGUCACUUGUCAACUAUUCACGUUUUGGAAAGAAGCAAGUUGAGUUGUAAGCUUGAGAAGUACGCGGAAAAUGCGGUUGGAAAGGUUCCAGUCUUGAUUGGGUCUUUCACGAGGCACUUUACUUCCAAGAGUUUUACGAAUGUUUCAAAAAGAAAUAUUUCCAAAGUUCUUGUGGCAAAUAGAGGAGAGAUAGCAAUCAGAAUUAUGAGAGCUGCAAAGCAGUUGGGACUCAGAACAGUCGCAGUCUUCUCAACUGCCGAUCGAAACGCAGUGCAUACUCGAUUUGCUGACCAAGCCGUUUGCAUAGGACCACCGCCUUCAACACAAUCAUAUUUGAAUAUUCAUUCCAUUCUCAAAGCGGCAAAGGAGACAGGCGCGGAUGCUGUACAUCCUGGAUAUGGUUUUCUAUCUGAACAUGUAGACUUUGCAGAGGCACUGGAAAAGGAAGGUAUUAAAUUUGUAGGACCUAAUACUAAGGCUAUCAGAGCUAUGGGAGACAAGAUUGAGUCGAAAAGAAUUGCCAAAAAAGCAGGUGUCUAUAUAAUUGAUGGUUAUAUUGGAGAGAUAAAUUCGGAUAGACAGGCCUCCGAAGUUGCUAAGGAGAUUGGGUUUCCUGUCAUGGUCAAAGCUUCUGCAGGUGGAGGUGGAAAGGGAAUGCGUGUUGCAUCGAAUGAAAAGGAGUUGAUCGAAGCUUUUCGUAUUUGCAAGUCAGAAGCAGAGUCAGCUUUUGGGGAUAGCCGUCUGUUAAUCGAAAAAUAUAUUGUGAAACCGAGACAUAUAGAAAUCCAAAUCCUUGCUGAUGAACACGGAAAUGUGGUUUAUUUUCCUGAGAGAGAGUGCUCCGUUCAACGAAGAAAUCAGAAAGUAAUUGAAGAAGCGCCAAGUCCACUUCUCGAUCCUAUAACUCGACAGAAAAUGGGUGAACAAGCAGUAGCUUUAGCAAAAGAGGUCGGAUACACAUCUGCCGGUACAGUUGAAUAUUUGGUAUCUGGUUUAGAUAAAUCAUUUCAUUUUUUGGAAAUGAAUACAAGACUACAGGUGGAACAUCCUAUUACAGAAGCUAUAACAGGUAUCGAUCUUGCGCAGAGUAUGUUUCGAAUAGCAGCAGGUGAAAGGUUACAUAUAAAGCAAGAAGAUAUAUCAAUCGUUGGCUCAGCAAUCGAAUGCAGAAUAUAUGCAGAGAAUCCUUAUAACAACUUUUUACCCAGCGUUGGAAACAUUCGUUGUUAUAAGGAGCCUAAAUUGGAACAUCUCAAACCCCUGUCGCCCAGUUUGGGAAAUCGACUGGAGCGUCUAGAACAUUUGAACUUUAACUCCCAUGGAGUUCGUGUCGAUGCUGGAGUUGAAGAAGGUUUGGAUAUUCCUAUUUUUUAUGAUCCACUUAUCUCGAAACUUGUAACAUUUGGAGAAGACCGAACUGUUGCCUUGCAUCGAAUGGCAAAUGCACUCGAUGAAUAUGUUAUCGAUGGAGAUAGACUCGUACAUAAUGUCCCUUUUUGUCGUGCGGUUAUAAGUAAUCCAAAGUUCAUUUCAGGAGAUAUCACAACGAACUUAAUCAAAGAAGAAUGGCCAGAUGGAUUCCAUGGUGUCUCUUUGUCUAAAGAUCAGAGUUACCAGGCCAUGUCUGCCACAGCCAUGUUGUAUUUCAGAGAUACAGGUUAUACUUCGACAAUUGUGAAAGUAGAUAAUCAUCAAGAACAACAGUUUCUUGUUCGUAGAGUGAAUAACAACACGCUGGGCUUCCAACCUAUUCCCCUUGACUGGAAUGGAGCUGUUCCAAAAAACGCAACAGAGGAAUUAGUAUCGAAUUCGUAUUUCAAGACAAGCAUUCUGGGAGGAGGGCGAAUAGAGUUGAUAAAUAUAGAGACUAAUAACAAUCUGGGAGUUAUUCAAGUAAAGAGACUGGGCAAUAGUCGACUAGACUUAGUGGCGUCGUACACGGUUACUUGUUUUGGAGCCAAGUUCGACGUGUGCCUGCGUCCGGCAUAUGUUGCCGUGCUUGAGAAAUUCAUGAAACGAACGGAUGCUGCAUCACAAAGCAAGAUACUGAAAGCUCCUAUGCCAGGAACGGUACGUUCUAUAAAUGUGAAGGAGAAAGACUCUGUUUCAGAGGGGCAGGAGGUGGCAGUAUUAGAAGCCAUGAAGAUGCAGAAUGUAUUGAGAGCCCCAUCAUCUGGAAUUGUGAAGCGAGUGUUCUGUUCUCAAGGCGAAAUUCUCAGCCUUGACCAACCACUUGUUGAAAUUGAAUAAAUAUUAGACAUUUUGGUUUCUUUUUAAAUACUAAUUCAUUUCCCAAAUCAAAUUUUGUAGU